AGCACUACUUUUACAUCAACGUAUUAUCGCCUCAGAGCAUGCCCGGAUACGAGUUAGCGUUAGUUUUUAGGACACUCGAAAGGAGUAAAUUAGCCGAAGCGAUAAAGCGGAUAUCACUAUCAAUUGCUUCUAAAGGAGUAGUAUUAAGGACAUACGAAAAUCAUGGAGAAAAGAAAUUGCCUUACGCCAUGAGGGAUAUAGAUUCAAAUAAACACUACCAAGGCCAUUAUUUUAACAUCAGUUUCGAUGCUUCACCUAAUUCCCUGACAAACUUACAAGAUGAGCUAGAGAGGGAUGUGGAUCUGCUAAACGGGCAAUUAUAUCGUAGAGUAAAAGAACUGUGUAGGCCGUGCGAAAAAGAACCUUGCGAAUUUGGAGAACUUGAUGAUGAUAAGUGGAGGAAAGUAAAAAAUUGGCAAAAGACUUGUCUAAAACCUUUAUAA